UCUUCUGAUGAACUGCGAGAGAAGUUAGAUCUGAAAUCUCGAGAUAUAGGUGGCUAUCAUAGUGAAGUCUACCGCAGCACCGAAAAUGUAACCACAGAAAAAGGUGAAAGAGAUGCUGCAGACCACAUUCACUUUCUACUAGACACACGACUUAUGGCUCGACGUUUUCACCGUUUGCAAUCAGACGAAUUAUAUCAUUUCUACAUGGGAGAUCCGGUGAUUAUUGUUGAGCUCGACGAGAACGCUCCUGGUCAAGUUGUUAAAACUGUGUUAGGAGAUGACAUCUUUUCUAGUCAAAACAUUUCUCAUGCGGUAAAGAGAAACACUUGGUUUGCAGUGUAUAUGAUGAAAGGCGGGGUGUGUGGGUGGUCUCUGGGCGGAGCGACUAUGAGCCCCGCCUGGGAACGAGAGGACGAUGAGAUGACGCCUAACAGGACCGAGUUGCUGGCCAAGUUUCCUAGAGCGAGAGAACUUAUCGUUAGCCUCACACUUAAUAGUGAUCCCGAGUAAUAAUCAUUAUAUUACUCGAAUGCCGUUGAAAAAAGAUUUUGUUGCACGUCCUGAUGGACAACAGUCUGACUAGAAAGUCUGUAUGUAUACAAUUUUGUCUGAUGUUGCAGAAUUUGCGUAUACUUGCAAUCGUGUCUGUAUGUUUAUGCCUAAAAUAUUUGAACGUUGUUUCUAAAAUCAGGG